AAUAAAAUCAUCUUUAAGUGCUGACUUGUGUUUAACAGUUCACUCAUUCAUAAUCAUUCAAAACGAUCACAGCGUAAUGUGGCUCUGUGCUGCAGUGUUUAUUGUCUAUUUCUGUUCUAGCCUUGUACAGGCGGACUGUCAAGUGCAAUUCGAUGAAUUGAGAAUAGGUGCUGGAAUUCUUAAGACUACUUUCGACAAUAAGCCAUACUGUGCGUAUCUGGGCGUACGGUAUGCUGAACCACCCGUUGGUAUGCUAAGAUUUCGUCAUUCAAUUUUACAUCAUCCAAGUGGACUUGAAAAUUACACAUCUGCUGGCAGUAUAUGUCCUCAGUUUCAGAGCACACAGCUUAAGGAUCAUGUUUUAGGUGAAGAGGACUGUCUGUUUGCCAAUAUUUAUUCUUCGCGGGUUGGAGACGCUUCGAAAGUAUCCGCAACGAAAUCACACCCGGUGUUAGUGUUUGUGCAUGGUGGAAGCUAUUUAGUUGGACAUGGUGAAAAGGACAUAAACGGCGUAGAUUUGCUUAUGGACAGUGGAGUGAUUGUAGUAACAUUUAACUAUCGACUGAAUGUGCUUGGUUUUCUAAAAUCAGACGCUUCAAACAUCAGUGGGAAUUACGGAUUAAAGGAUCAAACCACCCUUCUUCGAUGGGUGCAACGGUACAUUAAGUACUUUGGAGGUGAUCCUGAUCAAGUCACACUAAUGGGUCAAAGUGCUGGAGCAAGUGCUGUAUCAACUCAUCUGUACAUACAACAAUCCCAAGGCCUCUUUCAUCGAUUGAUUGCAUUGAGUGGCUCGAUGUUGGCUCCGUGGUCAUUUAUGUACGAUUAUCAGCACUGUUCUGAUGAGUAUCUUAACGACCUCAAUGUGCACUCAUCAGAACAGUUACGAUCAUUACAUUUUAAAGAUUUUUUCAUUCAAAAUGAACCACACAAGUAUUGGUUUCCAUUUGCAUCGAUGGGAAUACCUUACUUCAUACCGGUUGAGGAGCAGGAUGAGAUACAUCAGGAAAACUUCACGGUGAAUAAACCUCAUGAAGCGGUUAUGCAUCCUCCAGCCUCUCGCGUUCCGGUGCUAUUGAGUGAAACUGCUCGAGAGUUUGAAGAUCUAGUGAAAUACUUCAAAAAGUUUAUUUUUCAUCCAAACAUUCCUCAAAAUAUGACAAAAUCCGCCGUGGAUGAUUUCAUAUCUUCUGUUGAUGACUUUGUGUCUUUAACGGUUUCCGAAGGCCACGCAAACUCUAGUGAAGAAGUGAUUCAAAACAUUGCCAGUAUUGCCAACAUGAAGUACCCGAUGCGAAGAUUAGCAAGCGAUCUUUUACAAUCAUUGGAUCCAACGACCCAUCCUAUCUACUAUCUGCGCUUUGAGUUCGAUGGACGCUUUGGAAAGGCGAAAAAUGAUUUCUACCAAAAAUAUUUAGCAGAUCCCGAGUACGGAGCGAUGCAUGGCGAUGAACUGGGCUACAUUUUUUCUCCUUAUAUCCUGGACCGUGCACUGGCAACACCUGAUGACUAUCACGAAGAGUGGAGAGUGCAUCGCAGGACUGUUGAGUUGAUAUCAAACUUCAUCAAACAUGGCAAUCCAACACCAACACGUAGCGAGUACUCCAACAUUACUUGGACAGCACUAAACGGGAACAACUCUAUGAACACGUACUUAAAUAUCGAUCAAAUGAUUGAGUUACGUGAGUUUGAAGAUGAUAGAUACUUUACUUACUGGGAAAAACUAUACAACUGUUUGUAUUACAAUGUAUGUGAUGAAAUUGUUUGAUCCAAAGGUGCUUAAUCUGAGAUGGCCUAAUACAAUUUUGUAUAUACACUCAAGCUAUUUCGGUAGAAAGGUAGAAGAUUUUACUUUAAGUUUUGCUUUCCACAUAUAGCAUUCUUCUAAAAGCUAGCCUCACACCAAACAUAUGCGUUUGUCCUGUUUCCAUGCGAGAUUCUACCCCAAUGGUAAAACCGUGUCAGGAUUCCUGAAUCCGAAGUGUUUUCAAUUUAAUCCUUCCGACAAUUUUUAUGAAACUUUUUCCCCUGUUUUCAUGCAAUGCCCAAAAAUGCUGUUCCCUAUGUGAAGUAAAGGGUUCAUCAGGGUAAAGCUUAUCCCGAUUCAAGCUACGCCCUAGUAAAACGAAAGGAGUCGAGGCUGUUAAAGAAGAUAUAACUUUUCAUUACGUAGAUGUUUCGUUUAAAAUUUAUUAUUUUAGACCCCCUACCCUCACUAGAACUACAGCCUACCUACCAUAAGCGUAGUGAAGUGCUUUUGUAGGCUGAAACUUCAGAUAAAGCAAGACAAUUUAUGUCGCCAGCAAAAGCAAAGCCGAAAAUUGUCGAAACGAUCAUCAACGGAUCGAGGUACGUUUAUCGUUUGGGGACCAAAAAUUAUUGCAAAACAUUUAAGCAUCCAAGUCCCUCACUCUACGAUUGGACGCAUUUUCGAAAACGCGUGGGAGGAACGAUGGGCUAAAUAUCUUUAUUAUCGCUAUCUUCCAUACCUGCCACGGCAAUUCAGUUAUCUGAAGUCUCUCGUAAUACGAACACUGGACACAGUUACAAAUACACAAACACACAACUUGAGAUGAUGGUUAUUCGUUCUCAUACCUUCAUCCUUUAUUGAACGUUUUUGUUUUAACAGGUGUUUCAACCAGACAACUGUUGAGAAAAUGGGAAAAAGCUGUCGGCUUAUUUGAGCAACCAUCCUUACGAUGGCUGUGAUGAAAUUAUGAAGUAAUAAUAAAAUUUAUGGUCGAAAGGCCAUCGGACGUGAACGGGUAGGUGUGGUACUCUGAAGAUCUACAUGAAAACUUGAGAUGAUAAUGGCUUUAAGUGUAAUAAAGUCAAACUGUUCAAGGGAAACCGUUUUGUCUGACACUGAAUAAAAUAUGAUCCGAUGCAUUGGUUCAUUUGUGACGCUUUAUUAGUGGAUCGGAUUUAAAGAAAGCUUUCUGAAA